AUGGCUACAUCACCAAUAACGGCCGACUUCUCGUCACCCCCACUGAAGCGCAGCAAGAUUGUCUUACUGGGCGAUCAGAGUGUCGGGAAGACCAGUCUAAUCACAAGAUUCAUGUACGACACAUUUGACAACACGUACCAGGCGACGAUAGGCAUUGACUUCCUGAGCAAGGCGAUGUACCUGGAAGACCGCACUGUGCGCUUGCAAUUGUGGGACACCGCUGGCCAAGAACGAUAUCGGUCGUUAAUCCCAUCAUAUAUUCGGGACUGCUCGGUUGCCAUUGUCGUGUUUGAUAUUACGCAUCGCCAGUCGUUUUUGUCCACAUCAAAAUGGAUCGACGACGUGCGGUCAGAAAGGGGAAACGACGUUAUUAUUGUACUAGUUGGCAACAAGGCCGACCUGUCAGACAAACGGGAAGUUACGCUGGAGGAGGCCAACGCCAAAGCAGCACAGCUUAAUAUCAUGUUCAUGGAAACUUCGGCAAAAGCGGGACACAACGUGAAGAGCCUCUUCAAGAAGAUCGCGAUGGAGAUUGUCGGCAUGGAAAAGGAGACGGAGGUGACAGAGUCGCAAAACACUAAAAUUGAUGUCACGGCACCCCCACAAAACGAAGUGCCGGAUGCCUCUCAGUGUCAAUGUUAA